GUAAAGAGAACGUACAGCCACGGGACGUACCGGGCAGGUGCCAUGCGUCAGAUCAGUCUGGUGGGAGCCGUGGACGAGGAGGUGGGGGAUUACUUCCCAGAGUUCAUCUCUAUGCUGGAGGAGUCACCCUUCCUAGAGCGGACGUUACCGUGGGGUACGUUCUCCAGUCUGAAGCUGAAGAGUCCAAAAGAGAGUGAUGACGGGCCCAUCAUGUGGGUACGGCCUGGGGAACAGAUGAUCCCUGUUGCUGACAUACCAAAGUCUCCCUACAUAAGGAGAAGGUCAACCAAUGAGAUCAAGAACCUGCAGUACCUACCUCGGGCCAGCGAGCCUCGUGAGAUGCUUUUCGAUGACCGGACGCGUGCCCACGCUGACCAUAUCGGACAGGGCUUCGAGAGGCAGACCACCGCCGCUGUAGGGGUGCUCAAGGCCGUGCGCUGUGGAGAGGGUGCGGAGCCCCCUCGCGUUACCAAAGACGUGAUCUGUUUCCAUGCUGGAGACUUCCCUAAUGUAGUCCAGAGGUUACAACUGGACCUGCACGAACCGCCUCUGUCCCAGUGUGUGCAGUGGGUGGAUGAUGCUAAGCUGAACCAGCUGAGACGCGAGGGGAUCCGCUACGCCCGUAUCCAGCUGUACGACAACGACAUCUACUACAUCCCCCGUAGUGUGGUUCAUCAGUUCAAGACUGUUUCUGCUGUCUGCAGCCUGGCAUGGCACAUCCGCUUAAAACAAUAUCACCAAGAGCCCCCGGCCGAGGAGGACGAAGAGGAGGAGAGGAAGGUGGACGUGUCGACGGUACGAGUCAAACAGGAGGAGUUUGGGGAUGCCUUGAUGGGGGGGACCCCAGCUCCUCUUACAGACCCCAACCCCCCUAAAGACAGAGACGGAGAGAGAGACACUGCCCACCCGGAGGUCAAAGUGGAACCUCAACCUGCAGAUAUAAGGCUGCCCAAACCCUCUGUCACCUCACCCCUCGCCCCUCCACCAGCUCCCAUCUCCACCCUAACUCCCUCCAAAUCCUCUUUCCAGGACACCAAGCCCAAAUCACUUCACCCCCACUACCACCACCAUCAUCAUCAUCACUCAGAAUCACAUCAAACCUCUUCCACACACUCUUCCUCAUCUUCCUCACUCAAACCCUCCCCCACAUCCACCCCCUCUUCCUCUCCCAAACCCAGCCCGUCAUCUUCACGUACCCCCUCUCCCAAACCUAGCCCCACUUCUACACACUCUUCCUCCUUCAAACCCAGCCCGGCUUCCUCUCGUACCCCCAGUCCCUCUCCCUCACGCAAACCCUGCCUCACCCCUUCGCCCACCCUUACCCACACCCCUAUCCCCACCCUUACCCACACCCCUAUCCCCACCCUUACCCACACCCCUAUCCCCUUUUCGACGCCCUCCCCUGCACCCCUUCCACCUUCUUCAAGACUGGCCUCCAGCCACACAGAGAGCAGGACCCCCACACCCCAGUUCCGGCCCCAAACCCAGCCUCAGCUCAGACCGGACAAAGAGACUUGUCUUUACCCAAAGGCCCCAGUCACCCCCCCAGAAACAGUGCUGCCUGGCCCCCCGCACCACUCCUCCCUCUCCCUUAAACACCACCUUCAUGAUCAGCAGCAGAAAGAUGUUUUCUACUGAUCUUUGUACAUAGUGUUUUUAAAUGGCUCUUUUGGGUUCUGUUUUAAUACGAUCUAAAAGAAAGGAAUAAAACCAUGAUACCAACUCGGUGGGUGAUGUAUUCUAAGGAACAUGUAAAGCUCUGUUGGUCUGCGUCCCAAAUGGCACCCUAUUCCCUAUAUAGUGCACUACAUUGUGACCAGGGCCCGUAGGAGGGAUCUGUUCAAAAGUAGUGCACUAUAUAGGGAAUGGGGUGCCCUUAAGGACGCACUCUUGCUCUGUUGUGUUACUGAAUGAAUACAUAGCAAAUGUAACAUUCCUCAGUGCCUGUCCAUAACUGUGUAGCCUGGUCCCAGAUCAGUUUGUGCCUGUCUUGUCUCAUUGUGACCAUACAGUAGGAGUUGGCUUGGCAAGACCGCACAAACUGAUCUGGGACUCAGGCUAAUAACUGUGAACUGUCAAAGCACUAAGGGCCAGAAGCACUGGUACUCUGCAGGUCAAACAGCUCCUUAAAUAAUAUAUUUUAGUUGUAGGUUAUAGAUGGAUUAUUAUUAUUAGAGCUGACAUGAAUAUAUAUAUAUAUAUAUUUUGUAAGAUGAUGAGAAAGAGUUUCUUUUAAAAAGGAUGACUCCAGGCUUUUUUUUCCCCACAGAGGCUUAUUUAUAUCAAGGAAGAUUUUAGUUUUUAUUACUUUUGUUUGAUUUUAAUUGUCAGCACUGUAGUGUAAAUAACUUUUUGUAAGGAGAAAAACGUGUAGUGUGAUUUAUACUUAAAUAUGGACCUCUUAAUAAAGGUUAACGUUAUGA